CCUGGCUUUGUGGUUUCUGCGCUGUGCUCCGCCCGCCCGCCGCCCGCCCGCCCACGACCUUCCCGAGAGAAGCUUGGGUACAGUGAAGAAGACAGGUUUCCAGAGGGCUUGAGUUUGACCUUGGACCCACUUUCUUACUGAACCUUCAGGCCUGGUGUCUCCUGACUGUACAGCAAUGCAGAAAGACACAGGCUCUCUAGUGCCUUUCCAUUAUGUUGGCUUUGGCUAUGCAGCACUGGUUGCGACUGGGGGCAUCGUGGGCUAUGUGAAAGCAGGUAGUGUGCCGUCUCUGGUUGCUGGACUCUUCUUCGGGGGCUUAGCGGGCCUGGGUGCUUACCAGUUGUCUCAGGAUCCCAGGAACGUGUGGGUUUUUCUAGCUACGUCUGGGACCUUGGCUGGCAUCAUGGGAAUGCGAUUCUACAACUCAGGGAAAUUUAUGCCUGCUGGUUUAAUCGCAGGUGCCAGUUUGCUGAUGGUUGCCAAACUUGGAAUGAAUAUGUUGACUAAACCCCAUCCAUAAUAAUCACAUCCCAGCUCGGCCUCAGGAAGAAUUAAAACUGUCCACACUUCCACCGUUUUCAACGUAUUAGGAGACAGAAGUGCAGCACACAUAUUUUGAUAUUUUACCUUUUAUGCAAAACACA